AUGCAGCUGUAUCAUCUACUUUUAGCCUUUUUACUUGGGCUUCACCAAGCCAAAGCCCAUCCUUCAUCUCUCGAUCGCCGCGCAGUUUGCGAUGGAAACACUCCUUCCACUCGAUCAGCAUGGUGUGACCACUCGGUUGACACUGAUUACUACACCGAGGUGGUUGAUACCGGUGUAACCAGGGAGUAUUGGCUGGAACUGACUGACGUUACCGUUGCUCCGGAUGGUGUUUCACGUUCAGCAAUGGCCGUCAACGGUACUAUUCCAGGCCCUACAUUAUUCGCGGAUUGGGGCGAUACUGUCGUCGUUCAUGUGAUCAAUCAUUUGAACACAUCUCUCAACGGUACCAGCAUGCACUGGCACGGUAUUCGCCAGAACUACACCAACCAAUACGAUGGCGUUUCGUCUAUAACCCAGUGCCCUUCAGCAGUUGGGGAGACCGUUACCUACACCUGGAAAGCUACCCAGUAUGGCUCAUCAUGGUACCAUUCUCAUUGGGCUCUCCAAGCCUACCAAGGCAUCUUUGGCGGUAUCAUUAUCAAUGGUCCCGCUACUGCAGACUACGAUGAAGAUCUGGGUAUGGUCUUUUUGAACGAUUGGGAUCAUCAGACUGUGGACGAGCUAUACCAUACAGCCCAGACGGAAGGACCUCCUUCACUGAACAACGGACUUAUCAACGGUACCAACGUGUUUGGUGAAGACGGUAGCUCGUCCCAGACUGGGUCUCGUUUCAAUGUAUCUUUCGAGUCUGGCACAUCAUACCGUAUGCGAUUGGUGGGCGCUGCAGUUGACACGCAUUGGAAAUUCUCCAUCGACAACCACACCAUGACAGUCAUUGCGGCUGAUUUGGUGCCGGUGGAACCUUAUGAAACAACAGUUCUGGACAUCACCAUGGGUCAACGAUACGAUAUCAUUGUCACCGCUGACCAAGCGGACGUUGCUGACAAUUUCUGGAUGCGUGCUAUUCCCCAAUCGGCCUGUUCUGAAAACGACUCUACGGACAACAUCAAGGGCGUCGUUUACUAUGGCGAUAGUCCUGGCACACCCUCUACAACAGGAUACGACUACAUAGAUAGCUGUGACGACGAAACACCUAAUCUAGUCCCCUAUGUCUCCAAGACGGUUGAUGACGCCGAUUGGAGUGAUCUUGAGACAGCUUCAGUUGGAAAGAAUGCUGCUGGUCUAUUCAAGUGGAUGCUCAACAGUACCAGCAUGGUCAUGGACUGGAAAAACCCGACGCUAGCGCAGGUUAUGAACGGGACCACUGAUUUCGAGACGGAGAAUGCAGUGAUUGAGUUGAGCGAGCCAAACAAGUGGGUUUACUUUGUUAUCGAAACUGGUCUAGGAGUUCCGCACCCCAUUCACCUUCACGGCCAUGACUAUUUCAUUCUGGCUCAAGGAACUGGUGCCUACUCGUCUUCGGUAACUCUCAACACAAACAACCCACCUCGUCGCGACACGGCCAUUCUCCCAGGAAACGGGUAUCUUGUCAUGGCUUGGGAAACGGAUAAUCCUGGUGUAUGGUUGUGCCAUUGCCAUAUUGGUUGGCACGCUUCUGAGGGAUUUGCUUUACAGUUUGUUGAGCGUGCGAGUGAGAUUCCUGAUAUUACGACAUCAAGUUAUGUUUCCGAUGUUUGCGAUAGCUGGACGUCUUUUCAGAACGAGUACUCGAUUGAGCAGGAGGAUUCUGGCAUCUAA